GCGCAGUAGUAAUACCGCACUCCAAUUUUUCUCUCCUUUUUCCGUAUUCGCCAUUUUCCGGCGUCAGCGGCCGCAGCUGCAGGCGGCGCUCCUCCUACCCACCGUCGGAUAUCCGACCAAUGUACCCUUCCCUCUCCUCUAUUUUUUAAGAACUGAAAAAAAAACAGGAAAAAAAGAAGAAAAUCCGACGAAAAAAUCCAGAAAAUCUCAGCCCGAUUUUGUUUCUAGCCUCUUUCGCGCAAAUAAAUCUUAUUUACAAUUAAUUUUUUUUUUAUUUCUUAUAUUCCGAUAAUAAAAGAGGAGAGGGAAGUAAUUAGAAAAAAAAUAAAAAAAAAAUUACAAAACUCUUCAAAAGGAAAAAAAAAAAAAAGGAAAACUCCGCCCCCAAUUAUUUUAGGUUUUUAUUUCUGGAGAGAUGGCGGCGCAGGUUCAGGUGCAGCAGCCUCAGGUGCAGGUGGCGAAUGUAGCGUCUUCUGGUGGCGCGCCGCCUGUGACGUCAUUGUACGUCGGCGAUCUGGAAGCGAACAUCACCGAUUCGCAGCUCUACGAUUUGUUUCAGCAGAUUGGGGAGGUUGUCUCGGUUAGGAUUUGCAGGGAUUUGACUAGCAGGGAGUCGCUAGGGUAUGGCUAUGUCAACUACGGUGACCCUCAGCAUGCUGAGAGAGCUCUGGAGGAGCUGAAUUUCACUCCUUUCAAUGGGAGACCUAUUAGAAUCAUGUAUUCCCAUCGAGACCCCAGUGUUCGUAGAAGCGGUGCUGGAAAUAUAUAUAUUAAGAAUUUAGACAAGGAAAUUGACCAUAAAGCUCUACAUGAUACAUUUUCGACCUUUGGGAACAUUCUCUCAUGCAAAGUGGCGACAGAUUCUUCUGAUCAGUCAAUGGGAUAUGGCUUUGUGCAAUAUGCUAGUGAGGAUUCUGCCCAAAGAGCAAUUGAAAGCCUCAAUGGCAUGCUUCUGAACGGAAAGCAAGUCUAUGUGGGACCAUUCCUGCGCAAGCAAGAGAGAGAGAUGUCAGUAGACAAGACAAAGUUUAAAAACGUGUUUGUAAAGAAUUUGUCUGAUUCAACAACUGAAGCCGAUCUUGAUAAGAUAUUCGGUGAGUAUGGUUCGUUAACCAGUGCUGCGGUGAUGAGAAAUGAAGAUGGAACCUCCAAAUGCUUUGGAUUCGUGAACUUUGAGAGUGCAGAGGAUGCUGCUAGAGCUGUUGAAUCUCUCAAUGGCCAGAAAUUUGAUAACAAGGAAUGGUAUGUUGGCAGAGCCCAAAAGAAAUCUGAGAGAGAAAUGGAACUGAAACACCGCCUUGAUCAGAGUCUGAAAGAAGCGGCUGAAAAUUCCCAAGGGACUAAUCUAUAUGUCAAAAAUCUGGAUGAUGGCAUCGAUGACGAUAAACUUAAGGAGCUGUUCUCUCCAUUUGGUUCAAUAACAUCAUGCAAGGUGAUGCGGGACCCAAAAGGAAUAAGCAGGGGAUCAGGUUUUGUUGCAUUCUCGUCACCUGACGAGGCUAAUAGAGCUCUUUCUGAAAUGAAUGGUAAAAUUGUUGUGAACAAACCUCUUUAUGUUGCUCUCGCUCAAAAGAAGGAAGAUAGAAAAGCUCAGUUACAGGCUCAAUUUUCUCAAAUGAGGCCAACUGCAAUGGUGCCUUCUGUCAAUCCUCGUAUGCCAAUGUACGCUCCUGGUCUAGGGCAACAAAUAUUCUAUGGACAACCUCCACCAGCCAUUAUUCCUCAACCGGGUUUUGGAUAUCAACAGCAACUUGUUCCUGGUAUGAGGCCUGCUGGGCCUUUCAUGCAGAAUAUGUUUGUACCUUUUGUCCAACAAGGGCACCAAGGUCCACAUCCUGGUGGCAGGCGAAACAAUGCGUUUCCAAUGCAACAAGGCCCACAGCCAGUCCAAAUAAUGCCACAGCAGAUGGUUCCAAGAGGGCGUGGGUAUCGCUAUCCUGGUGGACGGGGCAUGUCUAAUGUUUCAUCGCAUGGAGGGAUGUUUUCUGUACCAUACCAAAUGGGAAACAUGCCAUCACAUGAUGGGGGAAUGUCUCGCCCGACCCCAAUUGGAGCUUUGACAUCCGCUCUUGCAAAUUCUUCACCCACUGAACAGAGGACGAUGUUGGGUGAAAAUUUAUACCCACUUGUUGAACAAUUGGAGCCUGAGACAGCUGCUAAGGUGACUGGUAUGCUCCUAGAAAUGGAUCAGACAGAGGUUUUGCACUUGUUGGAGUCGCCAGAAGCACUCAAGGCUAAGGUUGUGGAGGCUAUGGAGGUUCUGAGGAAUGUGUCUAAUGAUCAGGCUACCAAGCAAUUGGCUUCUUUGUCGUUGAAAGAAUGACACUACUUACUUCACUUUUUUUUUUUUAAACAUGGGGCUUCUAAACUAUGACGUGAAUGGUUUCAAAACUAUUUGGUUUUAAAUCUUGACUCUGGGCGCAAAUUGAUCUUUUUUUGGCCCAAGGUGUUUUAAAGUUCGGGAUCUAAUUCGUGUCUUUGACAUUUGAUUGUUGGCUGAUUGAAUAACUAUGGAUUUUAAUUUACAAUGCCGACUCUUUUGGACAUUAUAAUCGUGUUUCUAUUGGUAUAUCUUUUUUUUU